UGAAUUCGUUUUCGACCUUUCUUUCAGCCUCUCAACUCAUUCGCUCGCAUCAGAUCUACUCUUUUCUCUAGCGACCGACCAGUUGCAAGUUGGAGUAGAGCCAGAAGGACAAAAAAACAAAAAUAAUAAGAAAGAGGGACGGAGAGACGGAGAGACGAGUGACGCCCACCUUGUUUUUUCUCUGCAAGCGAUCGCCUUUUACCAAUCAACCAACCUCGAUCCUCUCAGAUGGCAAUCAUGCAUUUCCUUGUUCGAAGGCUGCGCUAGCUAAUCCACCUCUCCUCGCUCACGGCUUAAUUUCCAGGCGAAGAAGAGCAGGAGGAGAAGCAGACGGAGAAUCUCUUGGACGAGAAAAGGCGUUCAUUUCAUCCGUCAGUGCCGACGGUUGGAAUUUAGGUCAACGCAGCGGGUGCGCUGUCAUCGAGAUAGCAAGGGAAGGAGGGGAAAGCUACAAAAGGCCGACCACGUGAUUAGGAUUGCAUCGAAGGAAUCCGCAAUAAUAAUAUCUCAAUAAUGGGAUCCUUCAAGGGUCACGUGCUUCCUGGCAGCCUCUUCCUGGUGGUGGGCCUCUGGCACGUCUGGAGCUCCGUGGUGCGUUACGUGUCGCAGCCGGUGGACUCGUUCCGGGUGCGCGCCUGGAGCCCGAUGGGCCACGGGAAGGCCCGCCACCUAGAGCUCUACUUCAUCGCCGGCGGAGCCUUCCUCGACAUGUGCGUCGAGCUUCUCUACUCCACCCAUCUCCGCUGGUUCGUUGGUCCGGAACGCAUCCUCAACCCGAGCCACAUGAACGACUUUGAGCACGGCGGCAUGCUCCUCAUGUUCUUCCUCUACGGCGCUAUCUCACUUCUCUCCGAGAAGAAAAUGUUGCCACAUUUACCAGAGGGUGCGUUGUGCUUGUUAGGUGCCACUGCCUUUAGCUCAGAGUACGUGCUGUUCUACUUCCACUCAACCACACAUAUGGGGUUGGAGGGCUACUACCACCUCCUCCUAGUCAUCCUAAUUAUUAUCUCCAUUGCCUCUGGAAUUGCUUGUGCGCUCUACCCCACCAGUUUUGCAAUGGACUUAGCAAAUGCAAUCUCAAUCACUCUCCAGGGCUUGUGGUUCUACCAGACUGCAUUUGUUCUUUAUGGUCCAAUGAUACCGAAGGGCUGUCACCUUGAAGAAAAUGACAUAGUGUGCCACUCUCAUGAAAGCGAGAUCCGAGGAGAAUUGCUUGCAAAUUUCCAAUUCUUUAUGCUUGUUUUCCUUGUGUUCAUCUUUGUUCUUGGAGCAUAUGUAGUGGCUGCAUCAAAGUAUGGGAACCAGGAUCCUAGGACAAUGCAAACUGGUGGGGAGACUGAAAACCUUGCCUGGAAUUCAAGUGGUCAACCACGCAUUGGAUCUUCCCUAGUCGAGGUUGUUGCCAACUGACAGAAAUUUACAAAUUACUGUUUUGACGUAGCACAUAGAUCAUCAUAUGAAGCAUUAUAAAGAUAGCUCCUUAGAACAUUAAUCAGUGGGAAUCAAGAUGAAGUCUUGAACUUGUUCGUAUCUGUGCUGUUACUUUCACAGCUAGUAUGGAGCAGCAAAUGUCUUUAUUUGUUUCAGGCCUGUUCUUUUUCUUCUUUCUUUGAACUCGUUCAUGAAUUCCGAUUUAAUUAAACAGUGGUCAAUUCCUUUCGGACGCAGUUGUACUUGUAGUCGCUGCAACAUUUUUUGCCAGUAAUUUUUUAUUGGGGUUAAAAAAGGGAAAAGAGUUUGUAAUUUAUCCUUCAAUAAUUGCGAUUUGUCUUGUUUUGUUGAUUUA